AUCUUGUUUGGCAGGGCAUUGCUACAAUCUUAUGAUAUUGGUCUCCUGCGGGCUCGGCGUGUCUAUGAAUAUGUGGCUCCAUCCUCACAUCACAUGCAGAGGCAUGUGAAGGCCACAGCCCACAGUAGCAUGGCUUGCUCUGCUUGAGCACCACACACCUCAUUCACUGGCCAUGGCAUAGCAAGGAGCCAAGGAGUGAGCUCCCUGCACCUGCAGCCAUGGCAACUGCGGCAGUGGAUAGGGAUGGAGAUGGAGCACAAAAGAAGAGGAAGCUGGGAGGCUUCAAGACAAUGCCAUUCAUACUCGCGAACGACGUUUGCGACCGAUUUGCCACGGCCGGCUUCGGCGCCAACAUGAUCACGUACCUGACGCAGCAGCUGAACCUGCCGCUGGUGGAGGCGUCCAACACGCUCACCAACUUCAGCGGCACGUCCAGUCUCACGCCCAUCCUCGGCGCGCUGGCAGCGGACUCCUUCGCGGGCCGCUUCUGGACCAUCAUCGCCGGCUCCGUGUUCUACCAGCUCGGCAUGCUCGGCCUCGUCGUGUCCGCGCUCCUCCCGUCACUCCGCCCGCCGCCGUGCUCCACUCCCGGCACCCCCACGUGCCGGCGCGCCUCCGGGUGGCAGCUCGCCGUGCUGUACCUCUCCCUGUUGUGCACGUCCCUUGGAUCCGGCGGGCUCCGGCCGUGCGUCGUGGCGUUUGGCACCGACCAGUUCGAUCAGGAGCUGGAGAAGCAGCAGAAGCAGGGAGGUGCUGAGGCCGCGGAGGUGGCGGCGGUAGCGGAGCAGAAGAGGCGGUACUUCAACCUUUACUUCUUCACGAUGGGAAUCGCUGCCCUGCUGGCGCUGACGGUGGUGGUGUACAUCCAGGACAACGUGGGGUGGGGGUGGGGGUUCGGGAUCCCGGCAAUCGCUAUGUUCGUCUCCAUCGUAGUGUUCGUAGUCGGGUACCCUCUGUACGUCCGGCUCAAGCCCGGAGGCAGCCCCUUCACGCGGCUCGCGCAGGUCGCCGCUUCCGCGUUCAAGAAGCGCAACGCCGCCGUGCCCAAGGACCCCGGCAUGCUGUACCAGAAUAAGGAGCUCGACGCGCUCAUCUCCACCAACGGCAGGCUCCUGCACACCAACCAGCUCACGUUCUUGGACCGAGCGGCGAUCGUGACGGCGGGGGACAUCUCCGGCUCCGGGAAGCCGGACCUGUGGCGCCUGUCAACGGUGCACCGCGUGGAGGAGCUCAAGUCCAUCGUCCGCAUUCUGCCCAUCUGGUCGGCCGGCAUCAUGGUCGCCACAAUCGACUCGCACAACGGUUCCUUCACCAUCAUGCAGGCGCGCACCAUGGACCGCCACAUCACCCGGAACUUCGAGAUCCCGCCGGCAACCAUGUCCAUCUUCACGACCGCGGCGUUGCUCGUCACCCUCGCGCUCUACGACCGCCUGUUCGUGCCCUUGGUACGCCGCGUCACGGGCCUGCCAUCCGGGAUCACAUACUUGCAGCGCAUGGCCAUCGGGCUGGCCAUCUCCAUCCUCGGCGUCGCCACGGCCGCGCUCGUAGAGACCAAGCGCCGCGGCGUCGCGGCCGACCACGGGCUCCUGGACAACCCGAAAGCCAUCGUCCCGCUCAGCGUGUUCUGGCUGGUGCCGCAGUUCGCAAUCCACGGCAUCGCCGGCGCCUUCUCGUCGGUGGGGCACAUGGAGUUCCUGUACGACCAGGCCCCCGAGAGCAUGCGCAGCACCGCCGCCGCAUUUUUCUGGCUCGCCAGCUCCCUCGGGCACUACAUGGGCACGGUGCUCGUCACCGCGGUGCAGCGCGCCACGCGGUGCCGCGGCGAGUGGCUCCAGGACAACAUCAACCGGGGCAGGAUCGACAACUACUACUGGCUCGUCACCUGCCUCAUGGUCCUCAACCUUGGUUACUACCUCCUCUGCUUCCAUUUCUACAACAUGAAGCCACUGGAAAUAGCGGCUGAACAAGGCGAUCAUGGCAGGGAGUGUGAGCUCUCACCUCUCAAGAAGAAUGGCGCCGGUACCGGCGGUAUGGUGUAGGGUGGAUGUUGUUAAUAACGGAACAGCUAAAUAACAUUCGAAAGAAAUUUGGGGGUGAAAUCAUUUGAAUUUGUAGCCACGAGAUUUGUGA